AUGGAUGGUGAAGAAAGUGCAGGGGACGUGAAAAUCUACCUAAAGGGCAGACCCAUUUAUCUGUAUGCCCCUACUACUGUGGAGGAAUCAAAUGCUGGUCCACCUUCUGAAAGUCUACAGCUGGAAUGGGUUUAUGGAUACCGUGGCAGAGACUGCCGCUCCAAUUUGUAUUACCUCCCCAGCGGGGAAAUCAUCUACUUCUCUGCAGCCGUCGUCAUCCUCCAAAACGUAGAGGAGAACGCCCAGAGACAUUAUAUAGGUCAUACUGAUGACGUCAAUUGCCUGGCCAUUCAUCCUGACCAGGUCCGAGUGGCCACUGGACAGGUGGCAGGACAUAACGAUGAAGAGGGCGAGCCCCACGUAAGGAUUUGGGAUACGUCGACCCUGGAGACCCUCCAUGUUCUUGGGAUAGGAGAUUUUGACAAGGCUGUUUGUUGUUUAUCCUUCUCUAAACUGGAUGGGGGUAAUCGUCUGGUUGUUGUUGAUGAAAACAACUAUCACAUCAUGUCUGUCUGGGAUUUAAGCCAGGAUAGCCCGGAAAAAAUAUGUGACACCAAGAGCUCAACGGAAGAAGUGCUGGCUGCAGAGUUCCAUCCCCUGGAAGAAAACAGCAUCAUUACCUGUGGUGGUAAAGGACAGAUGUCCUUCUGGACGUUAGAGGGAGACUCAUUCUCAGAGAAAAGCGGAAUAUUUGAUCCUUAUGAAAAACCAAAGUAUGUAUCAUGUCUGUCAUUUGCUGAAAAUGGAGACGUUCUUACUGGAGACUCAAAUGGAAACAUUUUCAUCUGGGCAAAAGGAGGCAAUACAAUAUCCCAAGCCAUUGAGGGAGUCCAUGAGGGAGGGAUUUUCUCUGUAUGUGUGAUGAAGGAUGGAACUGUGUUGUCUGGGGGAGGAAAAGACAGAAAGAUCAUACAAUACGACAGCUCCUAUACAAAGACAGGGGUAGAGACAGAGUUAGGGGAGAACUUUGGGGGUGUGAGGAUGCUGAAUGAGGGCAAUGAAGGGAUGAUUCUGGUGGGAACAACUAGGAACUGUAUACUACAGGGAACCCCUGAUCUACAACUCAAUCCCAUUGUCCAGGGUCACAUGGAUGAGCUAUGGGGAUUAGCCUCACAUCCUAGCCAACAUCAGUUCUUGACCUGUGGUUCUGACAAACAGGUCCACAUGUGGGACAGCACGAGUCGUUCAGUCGUCUGGUCUACAGAACUCUCAGAACCAGCCCACAGCUGCUGUUUUUACCCCGAUGGAAGUGUUGCUGCAAUAGGGAGUGGGACAGGAGAAUGGUUUGUUUUGGACAUUGAGACACAAGAGGUGGUCACUAGUAACACUGACGGCAAUGAACAGAUCGAGUGUGUCCUCUACUCACCAGAUGGCAAUUACCUUGCUCUUGGAUCCAGAGAUAAUCAUAUCUAUAUUUAUGAAGUGACAGAUGGUGGGAAAUCAUAUAGUGCUAUUGGAAAAUGUACUGGACACAGCAGCUUUGUGACACACCUAGACUGGUCGGCUGAUGGUGCCUACCUACGAAGCAACUCAGGAGACUACGAAAUUCUGUACUGGAUGAUGCCAAGCUGUGAACAAGAGAUUAACAUUUCUGCUAUCAGAGAUGUAGAAUGGGCUACUGGAUUCUGUACCCUAACAUUUAAUGCUGCAGGAGUGUGGCCAGAAGAUGCAGAUGGUACUGAUGUGAAUAAUGUCUGCAGAUCAAACAAUGGUCAAAUCCUGGCCAGUGCUGAUGACUUUGGAAAAGUGAAUCUUUACCACUACCCCUGUUCUCAGCCUAAGGCAGAUAAACAUGUGUAUAAAGGUCACAGCAGUCAUGUGACCAAUGUCAGCUUCCUGUUUGAUGAUUCCCGCUUACUCUCGACGGGUGGUAAAGAUAUGUCCAUCCUGCAGUGGCAGGUCGUACAGUAAAACA